AUAUUAGUUUGUUUGCUGUUGGAGACGGACCGAAGAAAUCCGAAAAUUUAAUCUUUCUGAAGUUGAAGAUUUGCUGUAAUAAUGCGUCUGUUUUUCUCUUUGUUUCCUCUUUUAUUUUUGGAGUGACGAGUCUUAGGCUGAAGAGACUGAAAGUAACCGUACUUCUAGACAGAGUCAAAGUGUUAGGCUACAUAUCGUUGCCGUCGUGCACAAACCCACGAAGAAGGCUCGAAGGCUCGAAGUCGAAGGCCACCGACAAUAUUUUACAGAAAAGCAAAAAACGGGUUAUUUCCUUUAUUACUUAGAAUCUAAUAUUUUUGUAGACUUUUCAAAUUUUUCGUAUAAAAUAUGGGUUUACACCUUCUCGCAUGUUGUUUGAAGUGGUAAAUUGAAUCAUUGCUAAGAAAAAGGACUUAGAAGUUUCUGCUCGAGUUUAUUGUCGUGGAAAGACCCUAUUUAAAAGCGCCAAAUGUGUCACAUACGAGGCCUGUGCACGACGGAUCUGAACCGGCUGUCGUCAGCUGAUGUUGCUUUGGUGGUUUUGUUCUUAAGUGAAUCAUUGAUGACGGCUUGUGUGGAUACCUAAUUCAAUCCUAAGAACAGCUUGGAGUGUCUCUUCAUACUGUGACAAGUCCCUGGAGCUGGUUUCUUCGUUUCUCAAUACUAAUGAAAAGAGAAAAAAGACCUCUGGAAAUUCAGUGAAUUGUACCUUUGUUUGACUCUCGUGGGUAAGGUGAAUGUGCCCUUUACCAUGUGGUUCAAUCUGCGUUCAAGAAGUAUGUAGAUAUAUUCACCAGCACCUUAACUACAUCAUACUAUAAUGCUACACAAGCAGGAGAAAUGUUGAAUGCAACAUAGAGAUAAUCCAAGAGUCAAGUGAGAAAAGGAGUCAUGGAGAGACAGUUGUCAACACCGAGGAAGCAAGUGUCAGAUCAGCCUGCAAACACUUUACUCUUUGUUGAUAAUGAUGAUCGUUUUGCCAAAUCUGUCACAGAGACAAUCAGGGAAAAGAAAACUGAAAAGAGCGUACACUUUGCCAAUGAAGAUGACAUGGUUUCAAGCAGUGAAGUUUCUGCUGCAGACUCUUUGCAAACCAGCCGAGAGUUGAUCUCAUGGAUACCCUCAGAACACCUGUAUAGUGAAGACACUUUCAUCCCAGAAACUCACGGGGAAACUUCCACAGCUCACUCAGGUCCUGCUGCUAGUGAUCCCACUGCUCCUAGUGCAGUUAGUUAUGGAUCGAGCACCUUCAUUGAACUGGAGUCAGAGGAUGAGACAAAGACGGAGAGUGAGUACUCUUCUUACACGGAGAGCAUCAGCUCCUCUGAUGUCUUCUCCUCUCGCAGUGGCAGUGCCACGUACAGAGAAUGGAAAGAUGUGACUGAGAUCGUGAAAGACAUUGAAGAGCUUGAGGAGAGUGAGUUUGUGACUCAAGCAGAUGUGAAUUAUUUUGCUCGUGCACAGGAUGAUGACACUGACUUCACCGAUUCCAUGGAUGAGGAGAUGAUGGAGCAGGCGAGACAAGACUUCCUCCUGGCCACGAUGCGACGACUCCGUCUGGGUUCUGUGUACAGCCCACGCAGUCUGGCUCUAGACUCUACCUCAACCACCCACAGGAGUGGGGCCAAAGCUACGGUUGGUGAGAACAAUAAAGACCAGAUGUCAUUCUGCCAGAAAAUGAUCCAGCGUUGCAAAGCUGAAACAGAAAGUAAGCCAACCUCUGCCUCAACCAGAACAACUGAGCUUCAUACAAAAGCUGAGUCAGCAAAACAUCAGGUCCUUGAACACUACGGAGUCAGCUCAGCACUGGUGGACAGACUGAGAGUGGACAACUUGUGUCAGCGGCUGGACAAGAAAGCAAAAACUUUGGAUGAAGAGGCUGAAAAAUCUGUGCGCUUUGUGAAGGAUCAUCAAGAUGUGGAAGCUGAGAUGGCCAAACAGAAGUUUAUCUCUCAGAUUCAGGCUCGUGUACAAAAUGAAAAAACAGAGGAGAGAAUUCAAGCUCAUCUUAUACGCAUGCACCCAGUGAAGUGGUUCUCAGAUUUUGUCAUUGGAUUGCCAGGAUGGGAUGAGGACUCGAGAGAAAUCUUGUACAAGUACAAGAGACAAGUGGAGAAAAGAAUGGAGGAAACCGCCGAGUGAAAUUUUUAUUGUUCUUACACUUCUUAUGGCUCCCUCUGGAUCUAAUAAUAAUAGACUGUAUGUGCUUCAACAAACAGUGCAACUGAUUUAGUACAUGGUCCAAUUACUUACCACUGAAGUGGAGUGUCCCUCAAUUUUCAAGCGGUAUUAUACCAUUGUUGAUUGCCCUCUUUAUUUAUUCUCCAGACUAUCUUUAUAGGUAGGAAUGUGUUUAGAUUUUUUUUCUUUUUGGUAUGUGUUGUACAGCAUUUGCAACUGCAUAAGGGACACAUUUAGUGUUUUCAGUUUGUUUAUAAAUUUGCGAGGACAUGCACACAUAGAAAGUAUGAUCUAUUUUUGUAUAACAGCAUGGGCCGGGAACACAAGACAACAAGAUAAA